AUGAGCGCUGACGACAUCAAGUACGACUGCACGGUCGACGAGCUGGUGCAGCUGAUGGAAUGCCGUGGACUCGACAGCGUUUCAGAACUUCGAGGCAAAUACGGAGGUCCAGCUCAGCUGUGCGACCGUCUGAAAACGUCGUACAACCAAGGAUUAUGCGACGAAAAAGACAUCGACGCUCGACGUAUUUAUUUUGGCUCCAACUUCAUACCGGCAAAGCCACCCAAAACGUUUUUGCAACUAGCUUUCGAGGCCAUGCAGGACACCACGUUGAUGGUGUUGAUCGUAGCAGCGGUCAUUUCCUUGGGCCUGUCGUUUUACCCGAAAAGCAGUCAACCAAAUGGAAAUCCUAGCGACCAGAAGGCAGAGUGGAUCGAAGCGGUGGCCAUCUUCAUGGCGAUCGUCGUCGUGGUUCUCGUGACGGCCGGCAACAAUUACAGCAAAGAGAAGCAGUUCAGGGGACUGCAAUCUACAAUCGAGCAGGAGCAGAAGUUUACCGUACUCCGGAAAGGGAAACCUGAACAGAUCCUGGUCAGCGAUAUUGUCGUUGGAGACAUUUGUCUGGUGAAGUACGGCGACCUGAUUCCUGCUGAUGGGAUCAUUAUCCAAUGCAACGAUUUGAAGAUUGACGAAUCAGCUCUUACCGGAGAGUCUGACCUCAUAAGAAAGGGUCAAGACAAAGAUAUUCUUGUCCUGGCAGGCACCCACGUUAUGGAAGGCAGCGGGAAGGUUGUUGUCACCGCUGUCGGGAUCAACUCCCAGAGCGGCAUAAUCAUGAAGUUGCUCGGCGUUGCCAAGAUCGCAGAGGAAGACAAGAAGAAAGGUAAGAAAAAGUCCACGCGCGCCGAAGGAACCGAAUUGGAAAGUGGCUUGGUGACCAAUCACACCAAUGAAAACCUGGAAAAAUUGAAGAAAGUCAAAGACUCAGCAGAAGUCGGCAAAAAGGAAAAGUCUGUGCUCCAAGCAAAGCUGACAAGACUGGCCAAGCAGAUAGGAUAUGCGGGUACAAUAGUUGCGGUGAUGACUGUGAUGGCGCUGGUCACUCGAUUCUGUAUUGAAGAGUUCACCAUUAAGAAACGCUCGUUUCAAGUGGAAGAUAUCCAAGUGCUCAUCCAGUACAUCAUCAUAGGUAUUACAGUGCUGGUAAUAGCAGUACCCGAAGGACUACCGCUCGCUGUGACGCUCUCACUUGCCUACUCUGUGAAGAAAAUGAUGAGAGACAACAAUCUUGUCAGACAUCUGUAUGCAUGCGAGACGAUGGGCAAUGCGACGGCGAUCUGCUCGGAUAAAACCGGCACCCUAACGACCAAUUCGAUGACCGUUGUGCAAAGCUAUUUAGCAGGAGAGCACUACCGUACGACACCAAAGUGGACGCAGCUGCCCGAACUGAUACGCCAUAUGCUGCUGUAUUCAAUAAGCAUCAACAGUGGCUACUCAUCGCAGGUUGUCGUCCAGGCGAAGGAAAGUCAUCAGAUAAAACAACAGGGCAAUAAGACCGAGUGCGCGCUGCUGGGACUGUUAGUCGAAUUUGGCCAAAACUAUCAACAGAUCCGUGACCUGUUUCCUGAAGAAACCUUCGUCAAAGUGUACACGUUCAAUUCGGUCAGAAAGUCGAUGACGACCGUAAUAAAGAAAUCAGAUGAUCAGGGUGGAUACCGCGUAUUUUCCAAAGGCGCUUCUGAGGUGAUUCUACAGAAAUGUAAAUAUAUAUUGACCAAAGAUGGAGAGCCUCAGCUUUUGCCUCCAAAGAUGCAGAAGUACAUCAUUAAAACGGUCGUCGUGGCGAUGGCAGCGGCGGGAUUAAGAACUAUAUGCUUGGCAUACAAGUAA